AACUUAUUAAAUAGUUUCAGAUGGUUUAUAAUGCUGCUUACUCGUUCAAAAUCAGUCAUAAAAUUUUGUCAAAACUUGUCACUAUUGGCAAAUUUGACGGGACCAAUUAUGCAUUAGCUUGUGCCACAGUAGGAGGAAAGGUUUUCAUCCAUAUUCCCGGUGGAUUCAAAAAAGCUGGGGCUGAUGAAAACUAUUCGUCUGAUCCCUCAGCCGAAACAAAUGUUCUCAAUGUAAAUCAGUCAAUAAAAUGUCUUGCAGCUGGGAAGUUUGACCAAAACUCUGACCGAGAUUUUUUGUUUGUUGGAACACAAACUCACCUUCAAGUUUACGAUGUCUACAACAACGCUGACAUACUUUUUCAUCAGACGUCGGAGGGAGUGGACGGUUGUUGUGUGGGGAGAGUGGGCAGAUAUCCGGAUGUGCUGGCCAUCAUUGGGGCUCAGUGCACGCUUCUCGGUCUGAAUAAGACGGACGAGGAACAGUUCUGGACUAUUACGGGAGACAGUGUGACGGCGAUGAUUCUGUGUCCAGUGCUGCAGAAUGGGAGGAAUCAACUGAUAGUGGGUUCAGAAGACUACGACAUCCGCAUAUUCGAAGACGACGAAAUUGUGAUGGAGAUGAAGGAAACUGCGGUGGUAUCCUGCUUGACAUACAUAUCUGGCUCGAAGUUUGGAUACAGUCUGGAAAAUGGAACUGUGGGAGUUUAUGAGAAAAACACACGCUUGUGGAGAAUCAAGUCUAAGAAUAUGGCUCUGAGUCUGGUUGCGUUUGAUGUGAACGGGGACGGACAGCUGGAGCUAGUGGCCGGGUGGAGUUCUGGCAAGAUGGAUGUCAGGGACUCACAGUCGGGCGAAGUGGUGUUCAAGGACACCCUGCCAGCCGCAUGUGCAGGACUAGUGGUGGGUGACUAUACUGGAAGCGGUCGUCAGGAACUGGUAUGCUGUACUAUCGAAGGAGACGUGCGUGGGUUUGUCUCUUCGGAGCUGGGCGAGCGGGUUCUCCUCACUGGCGGCAGUGGAGGUCAGGAGCAGGUGAGGAGUCUGACGCAGAAGAAACAAAACAUGGAGAUGGAGAUGAAGAACGUCGAAAUGAGCAGACAGACUGCUGCCAAGAUAAAAGCAGGAGAAUACGUGGCCAGUGAGAUCGGAGCAAUUCCUACUGACACGGAGGUGAAAGUGGAGAUGGUUCCCAGAAUGUCCGAUCAUCCUGAAGUUCCGUCCUGUGUGCAGUUGAUAGUGCGUACCAGUAAUGAGACAGUGAUCAAGGCUGUGGUCGUGUUCGCUGAGGGAAUAUUCCCGGGAGAGAGUCACGUGGCACAUCCUGGCAACAGUGGUAGCUCGGAUGAUGAUGUGGUUGUUCCUCUGCGACCUCUGACCAACUCGCUCUUGGACCUGCACAUGAAGAUAUUCGUGGGACACAAGACAAGCAACUACUUGCACGUGUUCGAACUGUCUAAACAACUGCCCAAGUUCAGCAUGUUCUUGCGUCACGAGAAGAGUCUACCGGCAGACAAUUUGCCCUCCUGCUAUGUCUCGUUCGUCAUCAACGAGCGAAUCAACAGGAUAUUCAUGUGGCUGAAUAUGGUGUUUCUUCUGGAGGAGAAACCACCCGAAGAUUCAGCAGAGAUGAAUGUCUCCUUCACCUAUCUGCGCACAGGCGAACACCUGUCCAUCGCAUGUAUGCCCCAGAGAAUGGCCGCCAGUAACCUGCAGCAGUCUCAGAAGCCCGUAGACUCCACCAAUUUCUCAUCUGCGAAUAACAGGGGGAAAUUUAUUCGCCAGGGCUCAGAUAAUUCCUCAUGUGCAAUUUGGAAGGUGACGUUCCGAACUGACGACAUAGAGCUAGCAGGGGACUUGGUGCAGUCGCUGUUCGAGUUCAUCUCUGUGUCCGGCGACAUCCAGUGCGAGGCACACUUUCCUCACGUGCUGUACAAUCUGAAACACCUAGUUCAACAGGUGGACGACUUAUAUGAAGCACGUAGUCGACUUAGUGCGGAAGUGGCCGACAACUCGACCCUUAUACGUAGUAUGGUUGUGAAGGCCGAAGACGCGAGGCUGUUAGGCGACUGGAAAGGUAUGCGAAAUACAUACUCGCAGCUGUACACUACAAAUCAAGGUCUCAUUAAUAGCUACAACAUACGCUGCCAGAACCAGUCAGACCUGAUGGCUGCUCUAAAACUGGUCAACCAGAUCAUCCAGAGAACAGCCAAUUUGAGAGUGGGGACCGAGAAGAGUAAAGUGAUUGAUUGUGGGCGACUUGCAAUAAAAGAAUCGAAGAUAACUGUGUUCGAACAGUACUUAGUGGCAAAAUAAACUAGCAAAACUAUCAUCUCAGUCGUCUGAUUGAAUGGCACUGAUUCAGGAAUGAGUGAAAUUAUUUAGGUGCUAUCUGUUCAUAACUUCAUCUUCAUGUCAAUAUUGUAAAUUCUGUAAAAAAUGAUGGCAGGUUUGAUUAAAUGUUUUUUUCUUCGUAAGUUAGUCUUUUAGCUUGAGACAAAUUAGUUACUGGCCAAGUUCAUCAGUUCUGGCAUGUUGGAAUUAUUGCAAUAUCAGUUGAUUUCCAGAAUUUUAUCACUCACUGGUGACCGUGCUUGCUUUUCUUGCAAAGCUUCCUUUCAUUAAAAAUUAACAUGCGAAAAAAUUCGAGCGUGCUUCAAUAAUCUGAUAGCUGCAGCCUAACAAGAUGUUAGCCUCCUAAUUCACUGGCUUGGAUGUAAUUUUUACCCAUAAUAAAAAUUAAAAAAUGUAUAAAAUUGGACAAUUCGAUUUCUCUCCACCUUUGAACUCUUUGGCAACUAGAAAAAUAAAAAUGAACUUUCAUUGGUUUUGGUCGUGUGGUUGUUUCAGGAAAAAUACUUAAUUGUA